AUGCCCACCACGAGGUCUGAAGGCACUUCAGCUGGUGCAAGUGCAAGCAAACCCACUGAGAUGGAAAUUCUCACCAAAAUUCUUCAGACUCAGCAAGAACAAUUGAAGGAAAUUUCAAGAAAAUUGCUGAUGGAUAAGGUUAUGCCACCAAUGACUCCAGAUUUAUUGGAAUCUUUGGCAAACUCAUGCUCUACAUUUACACAUGAUCCGGAAACAGGGCUUACGUUUGACAUUUGGUACAAACGUCACAAAGGAAUCUUUUUAGAGGAUGGCUCCGCGCUCUCAGAUGGCGCUAGAGUGCGAUUGUUACUCCGAAAGCUUUAUUCAUCAUCUUUUUCACGCUAUGCCCGUUUCAUUCUGCCCAAAGAGCCCAAAGAUCUGAACUAUGAGGAGACUGUGAGGAAUUUAGAAUCACUUUUUGGACCAGAAGAGUCACUAUUUCGUGCCAGAUACAACUGUAUCACUACUACAAAAAGAGACUCUGAUGAUUAUGUGACUUAUGCCGCACUGGUAAAUGAUAGAUGUGAAAAAUUUAUCACUGGAACACUGUCCAAUGAUGCCUUCAAAGCUCUUAUCUACCUAGUGGGACUGAGGAGUGAAAAGGAGAGCUCACUUCGAACUCGUUUGCUGAACCAGCUAGAGACAGAAGAUGUGAGCAAAAUCAACUUACAGUUGUUCAUGCUAAAUGAAUCCAAGCGACUCUCUAGAGUGCAAGAGGAUGCUAGUGUGCUAGAAAGAGAACAAAAAUCGGUGAAGGUCGUUCAGAGGAACAAGUACCAGAAUCAAAAAAAAUCAUCUCAACAGUCACAACAAUCAUCGUCAUCCAAACCGGAACAUUCUGCAAAUUCAAAACAAAUACCCAAAACACCAUGCUGA